GACGCUUUUUCUAACCGGAACAGGAAGUACCCGUGUCACUAACUUCCGGUUAGCAUGAUUAGCCGUUUCCCAGAGAGUGUCUAGGUGUGUUGUGAGUCUGCGCAGCAACAAUGUGUUCCGUUGAGCCUCUGAGAGAGUUUAUCAGAGAGAGACUAACUGCUGCUGCUGAAGAAAUCUUCACCCAGCUGGAGAAAACCAUCGUCCGGUACGAGGAGGAGAUCGACCGGCAGCGGAGACUGCUGGACCUCACCUGGAGACCCCGAACCCAGCAGAACCCCGCAGGUAGGUCCGGCCGCGGAGCGGGCUGCUUCUGGACUCAAGUUAGAACCGGGCUGAAAGGCCUCCAGCAGCGUCGUCUCUGCAGUCAGGAGGACGUUUCCAUCCAGAACCACGAGAGGAUCUCUGGACCGGAACCUCUGAAUGAGGAACCAGAACCUCUGCAGAUCAAGGAGGAGCCAGAUGAUGAGUGCAGCAGCCCGGAUGACGUGCAGGUCGUCCUGAAGGAGGAGGCCGAUGCCAGUGAGGAACCGGACCUCGUUGAUUUGGACCCAACCAGAGCACAGAAUCUCCCUGGAGACAUUCUGGAGGCUGAAGAUCAGGAAGGAGCCAGCAGGAACAAAGAGCGGCAUCCAGGUAGGGAGGCUAGAACUCACAAAACGGAUCAGAACCAGCACUUCUGUAAAACCUGCUCUAAGGGUUUUACCCAGAAGCGCUAUCUGACUAAACACAUGAGGGUCCACGCCGCAGAGACGCCCCUCACCUGCCCCACCUGCAGCAAGAGCCUGAAGAACCAGUUGAGCCUGACAGUCCACCUGAGGAGUCACUCAGGUGAGAAACCUUUUCCCUGUGCAGCCUGCGGGAGGCGCUUCGCCCACCAGCUCAGUCUGAGUCUCCACCAGAGGGUCCAUUCAGGUGAGAAGCCAUAUGGGUGCCAGGUAUCUGAAAGGAGCUUCCUGAGCAGCAGCAACCUGACGUGUCACCUGAGGACGCAUACAGGAGAGAAACCCUUCCAGUGUCUCACUUGUGGGAAGUGCUUCAGCCAGAGGGACAACCUCAAGAGACAUGCAAAGAUCCACCGUGGAGAGAAGCCGUUCUGCUGUCCCACCUGUGAGAAGAGCUUCUACCAGAAAGGUCAGUUGACGGCCCACCUGAGGACUCUCAGCAGUGACCGGCCGUUCCCCUGCUCCGUCUGUGAGAGAGGCUUCUGUGACAGCCACGAUCUGUCCACUCAUAUGAGGACCCAUACGGGUGAGAAGCCGUUCCCGUGUCUCACCUGUGGAAAGCGAUUUAGUCAGAGAGGGAAUCUAACCAUUCACAUGAGGACACACACAGGCGAGAAGCCCUUUGAAUGUCUGACCUGUAGAAAGAGUUUCUGCCAGAAGGGCAACCUGAUGGCCCACCUGAGCACCCACAGCAGCGCCAGACCCCACGCUUGUGAUGUCUGUGGGAAGGGCUUCAGCGAACACUGUGACCUGUCCACUCACAUGAGGACCCACACAGGAGAGAAGCCCUUCCAGUGCCUCUCCUGUGAAAAGAGCUUCAACAAUAAGUUUAACUUGAUCGCCCACAUGAGGACGCACACUGGAGAGAGACCCUUUCAGUGUGGGACCUGUGGGAAGAGUUUCUGUCAGAGAGGGAAUCUGAACGUUCACAUGAGGACACAUACAGGUGAGAAGCCGUUCCUAUGUCUCUCCUGUGGAAAGCGCUUCCAGAGGAAAGGUAACUUAAUGGCUCACAUGACCACACACAGCUAGCCGAGGACUUUAUCCCCUCGAACACUUUGCUCCUCCUGGAGAGGUCUUCUUCAGCAACACCUGGAGGUGCUAUGACUGACUGGACUGGUCGAUAGGUGGGUCUCCAGAACCUCCCAUGUCUCUGUGGUUCAGAGAUGGACUAAUUGUCAGAUUCAGGGGCCUGAAAAGGUUUUUCUUGUAGCUCUCUGGGUGCCUAUAAUCCAUAAAUAACAAGGUAACAAGAUACCGUAUUUUCCGCACUAUAAGGCUCCAGUAGAGGCUGGGGUUUUGUUAUGCAUCCAUUAAAUGGAGCUCCGCUAAAGGGAAUGUCAACAAAACAGUCAGAUAAGUCAGUCAAACUUUAUUAAUAGAUUACAAACCAGCGUUCUGACAACUCCAUUCACUCCUAAAUGAAUAAACAGCUGUUUUAUUAUUUUCCCUGAGGUAAAGUCAGUGACAUGGUAACAUGUAGAGCAACAUUUAUCUCACAUAGUGGAGGGGAACUUUUCCUUGAUUCAAUAAACACGUAAAAAACAAUCUGAUACUGUUACGGUAAAUUAAACCUUAGUGCAAUCACUAUAUAGUAACACUCUAAAUAGUGCAAAGCAAUAACAAAAUAUCAAUAACUCAACGUUGUUCAAAAGUUAAUCUUCAUAUUUACAAUAUGACCAACCUUGUUCAGCUGUAAAAACACAAAAUAAACAUGUGAAGCUCAUUUUAUUAAUUUAUUCCUCAUCCAUGAAUCCCUCCAAUUCUUCUUCAGUGUCUGAAUUAAACAGUUGGGUGAAAACAUCCAACAUGUCCGGCUCCGUCUCGUUAAAGUCGUCAUUAAUGGAGUCAGUGUCGCUGCAGUUCAGUGAUAAUUCCUGCCUUCCUGAAACCUCAGACCAAGAAUGAUCCAUCAGCCCAGGUAUUUAUGAUCCACUGGCAGAUUGUGGCGCAUGUCGUCGGGUUCUGUCUCCCCGUCUGGGUGAACAUGUGUUCGCCUUCUGUCAUCCACUGUUCACACGCAGUUCACAGUCUAGCUUUGGAUGCCCUGUGACACCGAUAUCUAGCGGCUGGAGUUCUUCUUCUUCUACGGGGUAAAAUGAAGUCGGCGGCUGCUUACUGUAGUUGUGAGACCUGUUGUGGCUCAAUAUUGGUCCAUAUAUAAGGUACACCGGAUUAUAAGGCGCACUGUCGGCUUUUGAGAAAACUGAAGGUUUUGAGGUGCCUUAUAGUGUGGAAAAUACGAUAUACUGAUAUAUGAACAACUUAUUUCUUGUGUUUCUGUUUUCAGCAUCUUUAGUAUAAAAAGGUUUUUUUGUGUUACUGCAUUUGGAGUAAUUUCAACGUUGCUUCAGCUACCUAUAAACUUUUAUAACAGCUUCCUGUUAGCAUCAGCUAACUGAUAGCAUCCUGUUAGCAUCAGCUAACUGAUAGCAUCCUGUUAGCAUCAGUCUAUUGUUGGCUUUUUGUUAGCUUAAACUAGCUGUUAGCUUCCUGUCUGAACUAAUUAAAGUAGUCUUCUUAACAGAGACAAACAGUUAUAAUAUAAAUUUUAUAUUAGUUCAUCUGUCGUUGGAAUCUGUUUCCUGCUUCUAGUCAUUUCAUCUCCGUGUCCCAAAUGUCCUGACUCCAGUCCCAAAUAACAAAACUGGAAUUCCUUUUGAAUGAUCAGUUCAGGAAAACUGAAAGUGUUCAACUAACGCUGCUGAAGUUCCUCUGGUAACGUCCUCUAACAUGGAGGACCAACAUGUUACGGUUGGUGUUCUCCAUAAGCUGAAUGAUUCUUCGGGAUAAACAAAAUGUUCUUAGCUGAACCUGAUAACCAGUCAGCUGUGUGUGUGUGUGUGUGUUGAUUAUUUGCAUCUGAUGAUUAAAGUUCCUAUUCAAAAUCAAUAAACCAUCAGGUCUCAUUCUUGAGAACAUGGAUGUGAAUUGUUCACCUGCUUCUUUAUCCUUUUCUUCAUUAGUUGUUUUUCCCAGCAGCAGCCUGGAGCCUCUUUCACUUGGAUGUUUGACCAAGUUGAACAUCCUGGUAAGAUGCUUCAGACGGCCUGCGGAGGGCGCUACAAGGCUGCGGCAUCUCUGACUGUUCCCGACUGCGUUUAGUGACACAGGGAUGAUAUCCAGUUCAACCUGACUGGAUAUUUCUCAAUCAGCUCCUUUUAGGCUCUGAGCUCAAAGUAAGAUGCCAGAAAACUAUUAGAAAAAAAUGUUAGACAAUUUAAUUUCAUAUAAUUA